GCAGGCGAUGCAUUUAUGUCCCAAUUGUCAAAUCAAUCGGCCGCAGCUGGACUUUAUAGCUUAUAGGAUUUGGGGCAGAUCUGGCAAGUAGUAUAGCUUUAAGGCCAAUUAGGUGCGUCCACAUCUCUGGGUCUCUUCUUGGACUGAAGAUUCAAGCUCGUGCAGAUGGGAAGCGCCGGGCUCUCAUUCAGAUCUGCAAUGCAAUGCAAUGCAAUGCGUAUGAUGCUGCAUGCCGGAUCCCGCUUUAUGAUAGUACGAGACGUGGUCUUUGUAUUGGGAAACCCACGUCGGCCCCGAGUAUGGGUGGGCUUUGUGGAGAAAGGCAGUAUGGCGAAAGGGCUCCCCCUCAUGAUCAAUAAUUACGACGGUACAUUUCAUUGGGUAUUAACGCUAGAGAGCGGUUCAUAUAUCGCCCUUUGUUUUUACACGGAGACCUUUUUCUACUGCCCGGCUUCAAUUACCCGAUCAGGACGAUCGUCACCGAACCUGAUCCAGUGACCUGGAACUGCUGCGCGUGAAUCACAUCGACACUGAUAGCGGACGGAUAGGUCAGGAUACUAUUCGCCGAGAAAGAGUAUGCCUUUCCCGCAAGUCCUUAAAGCGUGGCCUGAUACAUCUCUGAGCCAAAAGAAUUUUGAUGGGAAAAAUUCCUGGCAGAA